AUGGAGAAGCUCCCAGCAUCACCACCAACCUUGCAAGUAGAACAUUCAUCCCUUUUGACAGAGAAUCAGAUUCCAGAGUCACAAGGGCAGACCCUGACUGAAGAAAAUAUUGCUCUGAAGGGUCCGGUCAUCCCUGCUCUGGCUACGACAAUGGUGCCUGCUCCCUGCUUAUUUGAACAUCUCAAUCAGUUUCAUGUGGACCCUGACAAUCCCUCAGAGCUUCUUGCUCAGGUGACUACCUACUUGACAGCUCUCAAGCCCUCCAAUCCUGCAGAAAACACCCAAAUCAAGUGCUUUAUUGACUAUAUUUCUCAGCAGGCCAAGAAAUGUGGGGUCCUACCUGGGUCUGACCAAAGUAUUUUACUGAAACAAUAUGAAAGCUUGGUUUUUGAGUUCCAGGGGGCAUUUGGUGAGCGCACAGAACAGGAAAUGAACCCUCUGCUGAAUGCUGAAAUCGACAAAGAGGAUGACUCCUUUCAACAGCUUCUUGCUCAAAAUAUGAACUGUAGUGACACCAUUCUGAGUGACCCGCUCCAAGAGGGACUCGCUGACCCCAUGCAGGAUGAAGUGAGUGGUAUAGAGAUUAUGGAAAAUCUCCCAGACCUUAUCACUCAGUGCAUGCAAUUGGAGAGGAAACGUAGCGACAGACCAGAGCUCUUACAAUCGGGGGCUCAGAUUCCAAGCCUGGAUUCCUCGCUUCACCCAUAUAUCUCCACUCUCACAGGUCCACCAGCCAAGAAAGAGCCUAUACAGUUGCGGGGAGGCCAGUUUCCCCUCACACCAGCCAAGAGAGCCCGCCAACAAGAAACCAAAUGGUGCCUCUACUGUAGCCAGCCUAAUCACUUCACAAAAGACUGCCUUGCCAAACGUUCUCGAGCCCCAGCAAGAACGAGCAAACCAACUCACCAAUAA